AUGGCGAGCGGGAAGUCGGUGAUGGCUUUGAUCAAAGCCCUGAAGCCUGCAUUUCGCAACGGCAACAACAACGACAAGGUGGUUUUUGCCGUUCACUCUUUCUUCUUAGCUUCCGGCUACGAGCUCACCGCCACAGGUCCCCCGGCCUUCAACCCCUCUGGCCUCACCUCUGCUUCCACAGAUGAAGUGGGUAUUCAGGACUGGAACGAGCUUGACGACCAGUACGCCUUCAUCUACGUGAACCCGGAAAAGGGUUCGAGGAAGGUGCUCGUCAAGUGUCUUGUAAUGGAGGGAAAAUUGCAUGUUUAUUAUGCUUUGACUGAUGGGUCUUCUAAGCAUGUGGAACUUGAUGUUGGCGACUAUGUUGAGGAAAAUGGAGGCGGCAAUUACUCCAGACAGUUCAAGAAUAUGGAGAUGCUAGUGACACGUCUGGAGUCUCUGCAGAAUUUGAGUUCAGAAACAAGUGAGACUAACUGUGUGAGGAGGAUCAAAAUUGAAUCUCAUUCUGGUCCUGUUCCUCAAACUCAUCUGUCAGGACGCAAAAGAAAGGAGCUCCUUACUCUCUGUGAGGAGAAGGAAACUCCAGCUAACACCACCAAUGUCGUCGUGGCCAGUUCUGUCAAACAUGUGUACAGCAUAAGGCGAGUGAAGCAGAAGAUAGGUUCAGGGUCGGAUGAAGCAGAUGGUCUUGGCAUACUGAUUGAGGACAAGAAAAUUGAUAUUAAGGAGCCUCAUGAUGUUCCAGCUACUGCCCUCAUGGCCGCGCCCGUCCCUGCUUCAAAGGCUGCUGACUCUGUGCCUGCAACCCAGUUCCAUCAUUUGUCAGAUGAGAUGCUACCAUCACCUCUGAAGAAAAUAAGUCCUCGCCAUCUCCAAGAUGGAGAAGUGUACCGAGGUGAGGCCCAAAUUCUCUUGUAUACCAAGGUGGUAAAAGGAUGA